UCAAAACGAAGUUUUCGCAGUCCAGAGUCUGAUGAUCUGUUUAAACAGUUACACAACUUGUGCUCUUUAAGACAGAGUGUAACUCAGUUGAUACAACAUUAGUAACGGACAGUACAGUAGAAAAUGUUAAUUCUAAUAACAGUUUUAAUGCUCAAUGUGUGGGCUAUACCAGCAGAUGAUUUAUUUUUACCAAACAUAAACAUUCUUGAAGAGCUAGGGAAAAUAAAGAUCAUGGAAACAAGGAUGGAAUCUAUGGAGAAGGACAUGGAGCGACUGAAAACAGAAAAUGCAGCACAAGCAAAGGAACUGGAGACCAUGCGUGGGGCAACAAAUGAUGUAAAGGACCUAAUUAAACAAAAUGAAGUUUCAAAAGUGGCUUUCUCAGUUUCGCUAUCGUCCUCUAAUGGACCACACAGUAGUUUACACACCCUGAUUUACAAACACAUCUUCCUCAAUACUGGAGAUGCCUAUGAUGCAAACACAGGAAUUUUUACAGCACCCAUGAAGGGAGUGUAUGCAUUCAGGGUUUUCUCUAAGGCCUACGGAAGUUCAGAUAAAGCAGUUGUCGCAGGCCUAUUUAGAAACGGCCAGCAUGAAAUUUCAACAUAUGCACGGCAAGACGGUGGUUUUAUCGGCUCUUCAAAUGGAGUUUCUCUGUUGCUGGAAAAGGGAGAUAAAGUAUGUGUAAAUCUCUAUUCUGGAUAUUGGAUUUUUGACAAUGAACACCAUCACAGCACCUUUAGUGGACAUCUGCUGUUCCCCAUGUGAACAGAAAGUACACAAGGUCUACUAAUUAGCAUCUUUGUAUAUCAAGAGUUAUAGUAAGACUAUGUGUAAAUUAAUUUGGUAAGUAAUGUAUUUUACGUGAAUUUGAUAUAUAACAUACUAACUAACUUCAGUUCAACUACAACAGUAUAAGGCAAGUAUAUUGUCAAGUUAUACAAGGUCUUUCUCUAAAACCUUUGGAAAUCAAAAUAGGCCUAUAUGUUAUUGGUGUAUGAUUUUAUUUUUCACAUUAAAAACCUUGUAGUAUACACUAAACAUUUUUCUUUCUUCUUUUUUUUUUUUAGUAAUGUAGUAGAUUUUUUUUGCAAUGUUACAUAUUUAAGACGGGUGUCAAUGUGCCAGAUGUAACCCAUAAAAGCAUUUUA